AUAACAAAUACAUCACAGCACUGCAAAGAUAAAAAAAAAGGGGUAGCAACAUGUCGUCCGAAUGUGCUGGGAAGAACUCAUGGCCAGAGCUUUUGGGAACAAAUGGAGACUAUGCGGCUUCCGUGAUAGAAAGAGAGAACUCGAGAGUCGAUGCAAUGGUGAUCUUGGAUGGAACUCCAGUGACUGGAGACUUCAGGUGCGACCGGGUCAGGGUUAGGGUUAAUAGAAACCGUAUCGUCGUCCAGGUCCCUACGACCGGCUAGACUUGUCUUGUUUACCGACCACGCUGUUAUUAUGUCUAUUUAGUAUCAGUAAAAUAAAACUAUAUAUGUAAUUUCUCGUUUACAUGAAUAAUUUGGGUUUUCGUUACCCGAGAGGUUACCGUUGUUCAAAAUUAUAAAUAAAUCUCUGUAUAACGUAAUGGUUUAAAGUGAAUAAAAUGCAUGUCCUAUUUGUUUCAAA